GUUCUCUGCUUUACAGUUUGCAGAAGCAUGGACAUUCGCAACAACCUCACGCGGCUGAACAUGCUCGAGAACUGCACGGUGAUCGAGGGCCACUUGCAGAUAUUGCUGAUGUUCAAAACCAAGCCUGAAGAUUUCCGUGAGCUCAGCUUUCCUAAACUGACGAUGAUUACAGACUACUUGCUGCUCUUUCGUGUGUAUGGCCUGGAGAGUUUAAAGGGGCUUUUCCCCAACCUCACUGUGAUUCGAGGAACGCAUCUGUUCUUUAAUUACGCGCUGGUCAUUUUUGAGAUGGUUCAUUUGAAGGAGAUUGGUCUCUAUAACCUGAUGAACAUCACGCGGGGCGCCGUGCGCAUCGAGAAGAACAACGAGCUGUGCUACUUGUCCACCAUUGACUGGUCGAGGAUCUUGGAUUCCGUAGAAGACAACUACAUCGUAGCCAACAAGGACGACAAAGAGGAGUGCGGGGACGUGUGUCCGGGAACUGUGAAGGGGAAAAGCAACUGUCCACCUACUGUAAUAAAUGGCAUUUUCAUUGAACGCUGCUGGACCCAUGAUCGCUGCCAGAGAGUUUGCCCAGCAGGCUGCAAGUCGCAGGGCUGCACCCCCGACGGCCAGUGCUGUCACAGCGAGUGCCUCGGCGACUGCACGGAGCCGAACAGCCCGGAGAAAUGCGUGGCUUGCCGCAACUUUUACCUCGACGGCAAAUGCGUGGAUACCUGCCCGCCGGGCUACUACCGCUUCGAGGGCUGGCGCUGCGUGACCUUCAGCUUCUGCCAGGAGCUGCACAACAAAUGCAAAAACGCCAGGGAGUCUGGGUGUCACGUUAUUCACAACAACGAAUGUGUCCACGAAUGCCCCUCCGGGUACAUCAUGAAUUCCAGCAACUUGCACUGCACUCCCUGUGCAGGACCCUGCCCAAAGGUUUGUGACUAUGGGAAGGAGAAGACAAUCGAUUCGGUGACAUCUGCCCAGGAGCUCCGUGGCUGCACGGUUGUUAAUGGAAGCUUGGUGAUAAAUAUCCGUGGAGGAAAUAACAUAGCAGCUGAGCUAGAAGCAAAUCUGGGCUUGAUUGAAGAAAUCUCAGGUUACCUAAAAAUCCGCCGGUCCUAUGCCUUGGUUUCUCUUUCUUUUUUUCGUAAGCUACAUCUGAUCAGAGGAGAAACAUUAGAAGCUGGGAAUUACUCUUUUUAUGCCUUGGACAACCAGAAUCUUCGCCAGCUUUGGGACUGGAGUAAGCACAACCUUACCAUUGCUCGAGGCAAACUCUUCUUCCACUAUAAUCCCAAGCUGUGCUUGUCAGAAAUCCACAAGAUGGAGGAGAUCUCUGGGACUAAGGGGCGUCAGGAAAGGAAUGACAUAGCCCUGAAGACCAAUGGUGACCAAGCCUCAUGUGAAAAUGAAUUGUUGAAAUUUUCUUCUAUUAGAACAUCCCAUGACAAGAUCCUAUUGAAGUGGGAGCCAUACUGGCCUCCAGAUUUCCGUGACCUCCUGGGAUUUAUGCUUUUCUACAAAGAAGCUCCCUACCAAAACGUGACGGAGUUUGAUGGCCAAGAUGCCUGUGGGUCGAACAGCUGGACAGUUGUGGAUGUUGACCCUCCUCCACGGUCAAACGAGCCCAAAGCCCAAGCCCAGCCAGGCUGGCUGCUGAGGGGCUUGAAGCCAUGGACGCAGUAUGCCGUGUUUGUUAAAACCCUCGUCACCUUUUCAGACGAACGCAGGACGUAUGGUGCAAAGAGUGAAAUUAUUUACGUCCAGACCAAUGCUACUGUUCCUUCAGUCCCGUUAGAUCCGAUAUCCGUCUCUAAUUCUUCAUCCCAAAUCAUUUUGAAAUGGAAACCGCCGUCCGAGCCCAAUGGGAACAUCACUCACUACCUGGUGUUCUGGCAGCAGCAGGCAGAAGACAGCGAGCUCUACGAGCUGGAUUACUGCCUAAAGGGAUUAAAACUGCCCUCGAGGACGUGGUCGCCGCCUUUUGAAUCCGAAGACCCUCAGAAAUACAAUCAAAGUGAGAAUGAGGAUGUCAGUGGAGACUGCUGCUCCUGCCCUAAAACGGACUCUCAAAUACAAAAGGAGCUGGAAGAAUCUGCCUUCCGCAAGACCUUUGAGAACUAUCUUCACAAUGAGGUGUUUGUCCCCAGGCCAUCAAGAAAACGGCGGGACCUUGGCUCCGUGGCAAACGCCACCGUGGUGAUCCCCACCAUCCCGUCCUCUCCAAACGCCUCCGUGGCAGCGUCCGAGAACAGCGACGAGCAGAAACCCUUUGAAAAAGUGAAGUCGAAGGAGUCCCUGGUUAUCUCAGGCCUGCGGCAUUUUACGGGGUAUCGCAUUGAGCUCCACGCUUGUAACCAUGAUGCUCAGGAAUCCCGCUGCAGCGUUGCAGCCUACGUCAGUGCCAGGACCAUGCCAGAAGCUAAGGCCGAUGACAUCGUGGGGCCGGUUACCCAUGAGCUGGUGGAAAAAAACACCGUGCACUUGAAGUGGCAGGAGCCCAAGGAACCAAAUGGCCUUAUCGUGCUGUAUGAAGUGAGCUACGGACGUCUUGGGGAGGCUGAGGAAGGCCACUCCUGUGUCUCCCGCAAGCAUUUUGCCAGCGAGCAGGGCUGCAAACUGCGUGGACUGCAGCCCGGGAACUACAGCGUCCGGAUCCGAGCCACCUCGCUGGCUGGGAACGGCUCGUGGACGGAGCCUGCCUAUUUCUACGUGGCUGAUUAUUUGAAUGCUCAGCCUAAUAUUGCCGUUAUAAUUGUUCCGAUCAUCUUUGCAAUAAUACUUGCUGGAAUUAUUGGAGCUGCCUAUGUGCUUGUGAAAAAGAGACAAACUGAAGGACCAACUGGGCCGCUCUAUGCAUCCUCUAACCCCGAAUACCUCAGUGCCAGUGACGUUUACGUCCCGGACGAGUGGGAAGUUCCUCGAGACAAGAUCACCCUCCUGCGAGAGCUGGGCCAGGGCUCCUUUGGCAUGGUGUACGAAGGGAUUGCCAAGGACAUAGUGAAGGGAGAGCCAGAGACUCGUGUCGCCGUAAAAACUGUUAAUGAAUCAGCCAGCCUCCGGGAGCGCAUUGAGUUCCUGAACGAAGCUUCUGUGAUGAAAGGCUUCAGCUGCCAUCAUGUGGUUCGCCUCCUCGGGGUUGUCUCCAAAGGGCAACCUACUCUAGUGGUCAUGGAGUUAAUGGCACACGGAGAUCUGAAGAGCUACCUUCGCUCUUUGAGACCUGACGCUGAGAAUAACCCUGGUCGUCCACCACCCACGCUAAGGGAAAUGAUCCAAAUGGCUGCAGAGAUUGCUGAUGGCAUGGCCUACCUGAAUGCCAAAAAAUUUGUCCACAGAGAUCUUGCAGCUCGAAACUGUAUGGUUGCAGAAGACUUCACUGUAAAAAUUGGAGAUUUUGGUAUGACCAGAGAUAUCUAUGAGACAGAUUAUUACCGAAAGGGAGGCAAAGGACUGCUGCCGGUGCGGUGGAUGGCACCUGAGUCACUAAAGGAUGGUGUUUUCACUACUUAUUCAGAUGUCUGGUCAUUUGGUGUUGUCCUUUGGGAAAUAAGCAGCUUGGCAGAGCAGCCAUACCAGGGACUCUCCAACGAACAGGUGCUAAAGUUUGUGAUGGAUGGAGGCUACCUGGAUCAGCCAGACAACUGCCCAGAGAGGCUGCACAGCCUGAUGCAGAUGUGCUGGCAGUACAACCCCAAGAUGAGGCCCACCUUCAUAGAGAUCAUCGAGAUGCUGAAGGAGGACCUGCACCCCAGCUUCCACGAGGUCUCCUUCUUCUACAGCGAGGAGAACAAGCCUCUGGAAACGGAGGAGUACGAGAUGGACUUUGAGAACAUGGAGAGCAUUCCCCUCGAUCCCUCCUCAUACUCGCAGAGGGACAAAGUGCUGGGCCGGGACGACGGCCCCUCCAUGGCCCUCAAGGGCAACUACGAAGAGCACAUACCUUACACUCACAUGAACGGUGGCAAGAAAAACGGGCGGAUUCUCUCCAUGCCCAGGUCAAGUCCUUCCUAACACCUCCCGUUGGGCCCGAGGGUUGUGUCUGCUUCUUUCCCCCCUUCACAAAUCUCAGGACUCUUCUUAUUGCUGCCACAGUGUAUGACACACAUCGACAAACUUCAGAUUUUUAAUCAUCUUAUGAUUAAUACUUUUUUUGUUUGUUUGUUUUGCCAAGUUGACUGGUUCUCAGUGGACUUAUCUGUGAACAUAAAUGGAAAAGGUUUCCAUGGCUGCUGGCCCCUGCGUAACCAUGGUUUCAAAACAGGAAGUGACCUUUUUUUUUUUAAGUUAAAGCUCAAGGAGGAGCAUCCAUGUUUGCCAACAGGAGACAUGAAAUUCGCUGGGAUCUGAGCUAAACGUAGCGGCGUGGAACCAGACGGCUGCCGGACAAAAGCAUUUCCAGGAGAAUUCCAGCCUUUCGGGCAUCCUCUUUGCUACAGCCGAAGGAUCUGAACACCCGUUGGGACGCGCCAAGGCCUCAGAUUGACCAAUAGCUGCUGCUUUCAUAACUUUUUAAAUGGGUUAAACCCCAAGGGUGCGUGUGUGUGCGUGCGUGUGUGCAGUAUAUGUAUGUGGGGUGUAUAUGUAUAUCCAAAUAUACACUUCUUUUUUGUACAUAAGUUUUGUAUGUUCUCACAGAAGCUUUCCUCUUCUCAGAAGUGUGUACUUAUCUUCCCCCCAAUUUCCCUGGAGUGACUGAAUCCUAAACAGAUUAUUUUUAUACUAAGGACUCUUGGGAGUAGGUUUUCUCUCAUUAUCAAAUGAGGAAAAUGUGCUGGGAGCCAAAGGAGCAGAAAUCUGAGAUUUGUGGGUCCUUUCAAGACCAAACGAGGUAGGAGUCCCCUGACCUGCGAUACCAACUUUUCUGUUCUUUACAGCCUUGAGUAUAUAUAUUGUUUGUUGUAACAUAUUUAAAAAUGUCUUUAGUUUAAAUUUAAACUUCAUAUAAAUUAUUAACUGUUUAUGAUCCUUUCUGGGAGGGUAGAAUCUGGGGGGGCUUGUUUGGUCUUAAAGUGGUCCAAAGAUUUCAGAAUGAACUAAUUUUAGCCGAUGCCCCUUUUAGGAACUAUGAAGCACAUGUUAAGUUUCUACUUGACAAGGCUUUAUAACAACAGCUUUGUGAUUUAUAGAACGCAGUCAGCUGGCUCCAGUCGAAGCCCUGAGGUAAAGUAGCUGGGGCUGAGGUGGUUGUUGGGGCCUCGAGGCCACCGGCAUGGCCCUGUCCCCAGCCCGGCCGCUCCGCUGGCUGUGCCUUCCGCGUGCGUCGUGUGGGGAAGCGGCAAGGGGAAAAGCGAAGACUAACCAAGAGAGACACUAAACCCCGCUUUGUGAAGGGGGAGAGCCCAAGGCUCUGCGUGCGAAGCGGGAGCUGCUGGGCGCUGUGGUUAGGCGCCGUUGCCACCGGCCGCGCGCUGCCUGCGGCUCUGCCGGGGUUGGCCGAGAUGCCUGCACCAGGCCGGGUCGCGCGCCACUCUUCACGGCGUUAAGCUGCAUCCUCGGGACGCCGCUUUGCUGCUCCUGGCCUAAGGACAGAGCUGACGAGCGCGAGGCGUUGGGCGGUAACUGCGAAGCUCGAGGUGUCCCGCGGUGACGGGGGGCAGGUGUUAAGCCAGGAAAGGAGCAUUGGAGACGCCACAGGCCAUGGCUGUGCAGGAGGUGCUUUUAAAAGGGGAGAGUUUCCGCAAUUUAUCCCUAUUUUCUCUUGGAGAAGUCCAGUGAAAAAGAGCAUGCCUGCUUGUUCCCUCUGCUGGGAGAAAAUGAGCUUUUUUCCCAACUUGGUGUGAGUGGGAAGCCACACAAAGCCGGCGUGUGGCUUUUUAUGGCUUUCUCCCCAUAAGCGAACGGAGCAGGGUUGGGAUUGACGGGCAACGCCUCUCGGCUCCUGCUCUGCUCCAGCCAAGCUGUGCUUAAACCCAAUAGGAUGGGCUCUCCGAGGAGCACGGGCUCCACGAGGAACAUGGGGUUCAGUCUGGGCCGCUCGAACCAAGGUGGACGGUACAAAAAGCCUGCUCACAAAUUAGGGGGCAAAUCAGACAGUUCAGAGGUGGGGUUAAGAAUCUUCAAUUUCUAAAGGCCUCGUUUACAUUUCUUCUGCUUUACCAAGUAGUAGCUGUUUAGCCGCUCUGUGCUACACUGCAGGAAAGAAGACAUAUUCUCACACUUUUCUAAAGAGAAGUUUUUCUUACUAGAAAUUUUUUAUUUAUUUUAAUAUAUAAAACACUGUAAAAAAGAAAAACCAAACUAUUUGUUUUCUUAAACACACGGAACGUGUCAAUUCGUAGUGAUAAAAACUCAGCAGGUGGAUAUGGCGGGAUUGUUGUCGUCCUGUUCUGGUGCAGUCUACCUCAGUGUUUCUUAAGGAUAUUUUUAAUACUGCGCACCUCUAAACUUGUUAAAAUAUUCUGGUCUGGACCUAUUGUGGAUUAGGGAAAAAAAUCAGUAUUGGCUGAUUCCAAUACGAGGGACCAUUCAGGGAAUGGGCAAGAGAACAGCUGGUCACUGCUCAUCGUUAAGCCGAGCUGCAGUGAACAAGGGAACCUCUUUGCAGGUUCACGUGCAUGACAAACCAUUUGGAUCUGGUCUCAUCCUCUUAAUUCCAUUGUGAAUUAAAACAGAAAUAAAUAAAGCCAUUUAAAUGCUAGGAUUUUUGGAAAUUAGUGAGUUAAAAGGAAUAGACGGCUGGAUGCUCUGAUAUUCUGCAGCUGUAGUUGUCAGUGUGGACCAGGGACUGUGAUUAGUCUUGUUGAUCUGCUCCAAUCUGGGUCUCGGUCUCGUGCCUUUCUUGCUAGGCACAGGUAACCAGGAGAGAUGCCAGCAAGGCACGACCGACCUUCUAAAACAACCUUCUCCCCCUUCUCAGUCAUUCUGGUAAGAUUUAAAAUCGCAGCCAUCAUAACUGGAACCUUGUAUUGAGUCAGGUUUUUAAGCUGAAUUGAUAUUGGUUGGCCCUCGGUGUUGGCAGAAACGCAACGCUCAGAUCACUGGACAAGGGAUGAGGAAAGACCUAUGGUACUAGUGGUAAGAAGAGCACUUUUCCCCGCAGCGAGUUCCUUUCAAAGCAAAAGCUAACACUAGUUGUUGCCAUUCAUGGCUUAAGGAGAACACUUACCUAGCUAAAGAAUUAGGCUCUCACUUCUGGAAAAUCCUGAGCUUUUCAGCCCACGCUUGAUGCUUUGGUCUCUGUUGGCAGCUCUCUGCCCUAGGGGUCCUGUGCUCAGAUCUUGCUGCUCCCUGUUGAGGGAAAAGAGGGGUUGUGCCCAAGUUGUCCUGUGCCCAAGUUGUCCUUGCGUCCGUUAGCUGAAACCUCCUCUUGGGAUUACCCGGAAUUAAUUUCCAGGAAAGGGCGUCGGGCACCGGGGGGCUGCCCCGUUCCCGGGGGAGCUGCUGCUCUCCAGCUGGACAAGAUCCCUGUUGGGAUGAAGCCUGAGCUCCUGUGGGAUGAGGAGCCGGACGCAGUGCAGGGAACCCUUCGAGUGGCUGGAGGAGGCAGUUCUGCCCGGCGGGUGGGAAACUCUUUCUUUUCUUGAGAUGACAUUUGCUGGGGGGCUGGAUUCUCCCCUUGGCACGAGGGCAGCUGAGAACUUCCCACCCGCAUCACGGGGCAGAGCCUCGAAGGCGUCAAGGAGGAGUCAGGGCCUCCCGCGUGCGGUUGGGCACGACGAGGGACAGUAGCCACCCAAGAGCCAGAACUCGGCUCUCUCCAAAGCAGGAAGCGCCAGAAACUCUUUCCACCGAGCAAAUAUUUGAAUAUUUCAACUAUUCCGCCGUGUUUUUCUUCGGAGUGUGACGCGGGAGAGGUUUCUGAGGAACGUGCGUCCGUUGAGCGGCCGCUUCGUGGGCGCCUCUCGUGGGUCUCGUUCUUCUCUUGCAGCGCAGCAUUGCAGAGCUUGGCUGCUGCAUUAAAACCACCUUUUUCAUGGUUGCUUGUAAAUACUCUGUUGUGUUGUAAAAUAGAGGAGCUCAUCGAUAGAAACCCUGCGCCGGGUCAGAAACGCCCUAGGAAGCAGCCCGAGCUGCCCCAGUGCUAUUUUGAUGACAGAGCAGCCGUUGGUUUGAAGAGGCUGCUCUUAGACUGCUAAAGGGUACUCUUAAUUUAUGGGUGGUCUCUCUCCUUCCUCCUCAAUUUUUAUUAUAGUAAUGGGACGUUUUGCUUAAUAUUAGUGUGUUGCAUCUGACGUUGGUAUCUCCUUGGGAAAAUCUCAGAGUUGCUUGUCGUGUGUUGAGCUGAAUAUGUGAUGAAAGCGAAUAGGAAAAGACAGGUCCCACACUGGAACCUUGUUUCACCCACCAGAAAAUAAACCAGGAUCUUUGUGCCAUAAAACCUGAGGCUAAGGGCUGGGCUCGCUGCUCCUGGGAUCGGUUCCGAGGCCGUGGAGCCUCCGACCGCAUCCCAGCCUCCUUCCCCUCCGGAGCAGCCGAGGUCCCUCGUAGGUCCCCGCGCGUCUUUCCCGGGGAAAGGAGCCAUGCAAUGGAUUGCGAUGGAGAACUAGUAAUUCAGAAACAUGUGAAAUUCGGCGUGAGAUUAGCUGAGGUUUGUACGAACUUAAUUAAUUAAAUCUGGCCUUUUUACGACCUUCUGCUUGGCUCUGUGUUAACUCUGCUUCGGAUGCUGUACGUGAGCGUCGGUGUAAGAGCGUCCAGGUGCUUCGACCUGCUCCGUCUUGGCUCGCCUUGUCACGAGCAUCACAAGGCCGAAGCCACGAGUAAAAUCAACUUUGGGCGAGGAAUCGGACUAUCGAAAGCAAUCAAAAAGCUACCGUUUUUAUCAAAUCUGCUGUCAUGAAAUGUGUAUUACUUUUUAAAAUAAAAUCGCUUGUCCUUUUCAAAAGUAAGCACUUAUUCUGGCAGUUUCCGCAAAUCGACUGCAGCACAAUGCAAGCUAUAAGGGGACAGGUAGAAAAAAUGACUUUUUAAAUAUUGUAUAAUAAAGG